GAUAGCCCCGCCGCUGCCGCCACUCUCACCGCCACACUGCCAUGGUUUCCUCUCCUUCCCAGGUGCGCCAGAACUACCAUCAGGACUGCGAAGCAGCUAUCAACCGGCAGAUCAACUUGGAGCUUUACGCUUCCUACGUGUACCUCAGCAUGUCCUACUACUUUGACCGCGAUGAUGCGGCUCUGAAGAACUUUGCCAAAUACUUCUUAUACCAGUCCCUUGAGGAGCGCAAGCAUGCAGAGAAGCUUAUGAAGUUACAGAACCAGAGGGGUGGUCGCAUUUUCCUACAGGACAUCAAGAAACCAGAUCGUGAUGAUUGGGAGAGUGGGCUGACCGCAAUGGAAUGUGCUUUGCACUUGGAGAAGGAUGUGAACCAGUCUCUGUUGGAACUGCACAAACUGGCAACUGACAAAAACGAUCCUCAUUUAUGUUGCUUCAUUGAAACCCACUAUCUGGAUGAGCAGGUCAAAUCUAUCAAGGAGCUGGGUGAUCAUGUGACCAAUCUGCGCAACAUGGGGGCGCCAAAAUCUGAAAUGGCAGAGUACCUGUUUGACAAGCACACCUUGGGAGAAAGUGACGACGAGAACUAG